AUGGCUGAGGAGCAAAAAAUCCCAAAGGUCGCCGAGGCGCACCAAGUCGACACAUUCCACCCGCCUGAGAAGAUGCUCGCAAGCCUCGAAGAAUACCAAACUCUCUACAAGGAGUCCAUCACCAACCCCGACAAGUUUUGGGGAGAGCGCGCCAGAGAACUACUCUCAUGGUACCGCGACUUCGAAACCGUUUCUAGCGGCACCUUGACUGACGGCGAUGUCAAGUGGUUCCCUGAGGGUCAACUCAACGCUUCUUACAACUUGAUCGAUCGACAUGCCUUCAAGGACCCGGACCGUGUUGCCAUCAUCUACGAGGCCGACGAGCCCCAGGAUGGCCGCAAUGUCACCUACAGCGAGCUGUUGCGCCAGGUCUCCAAGUGCGCCUGGUCAUUGAAGCAGAUGGGCAUCCGCAAGGGUGACACUGUUGCUAUUUACCUACCUAUGAUUCCCGAGGCCAUUGUCGCCAUCCUGGCCUGUGUGCGUAUCGGUGCCGUUCACUCCGUUGUCUUUGCCGGUUUCUCUGCCGACUCUCUGCGAGACCGUGUCAUUGACGCUCGCUCACGCGUUGUCAUUACCACUGAUGAGGGCAAGCGUGGCGGCAAGCUCAUUGGCACCAAGAAGAUUGUCGACGAUGCUCUCAAGCAGUGCCCUGACGUCACCAAUGUUCUCGUUUUCAAGCGCACUGGCGCCGAUGUGCCCAUGCAGGCCGGCCGCGAUGUCUGGUGGCACGAGGAGCUCGAGAAGUGGCCCAGCUACAUUGCCCCCGAGGUCAUGAACUCUGAGGACCCUCUCUUCCUGCUCUACACCUCCGGUUCCACCGGCAAGCCCAAGGGCGUCUUGCACACCACUGCUGGCUACUUGCUGGGAGCCGCCCUCACCGGCAAGUAUGUCUUUGACAUUCAUGAUGGUGAUCGUUACUUCUGCGGCGGCGACGUUGGUUGGAUCACUGGCCACACCUAUGUCGUCUACGCCCCUCUCUUGCUCGGUGUCUCUACCGUUGUGUUUGAGGGCACACCCGCAUACCCCAACUUCUCACGAUACUGGGACAUUAUCGAGAAGCACAAGGUCACUCAGUUCUACGUCGCCCCCACCGCUCUGCGAUUGCUGAAGCGUGCUGGCGAUGAGCAUGUCAAGGGUGACAUGAAGCACCUGCGUGUCUUGGGUUCCGUUGGUGAGCCCAUUGCCGCCGAGGUGUGGAAGUGGUACUUCGAGGUUGUUGGCAAGGAGGAAGCUCACGUUGUCGACACAUACUGGCAGACUGAGACUGGCUCCAACGUCAUCACUCCUCUCGCCGGAAUCAGCCCUACCAAGCCCGGUAGCGCUUCAUUCCCCUUCUUCGGCAUUGAGCCCGUCAUUAUCGAUCCCGUCUCCGGCGAAGAGAUUCACGGUAACGAUGUCGAGGGUGUUCUUGCCUUUAAGCAGCCCUGGCCCAGCAUGACCCGUACCGUGUACGGAGCCCACAAGCGAUACAUGGACACUUAUCUCAACGUUUACAAGGGCUACUACUUCACCGGUGACGGUGCCGGCCGUGACCACGAAGGCUUCUACUGGAUUCGCGGCCGAGUCGACGAUGUCGUCAACGUCUCAGGCCACCGUCUCUCCACCGCCGAAAUCGAAGCCGCCCUCAUCGAGCACCACGCCGUUGCUGAAGCCGCUGUCGUCGGCGUUGCCGAUGAACUCACUGGCCAGGCUGUUAACGCCUUUGUCGCUGUCAAGGAUGGCAACGAGAUCAACGAUGCUCUUCGCAAGGAAUUCGUCAUGCAAGUCCGCAAGAGCAUUGGCCCCUUUGCCGCCCCCAAGGCUAUUUAUGUGGUUCCCGAUCUGCCCAAGACCCGAAGUGGCAAGAUUAUGAGAAGAAUUUUGAGAAAGAUUCUGGCUGGUGAGGAGGAUCAGCUUGGCGAUAUUACUACCUUGUCCGAUCCCUCGAUCGUCGAUAGAAUCAUCCAGACCGUCCACGAAGCCAAGGGCAAAUAA